GAUGUAUAUCUUGAAAUAUGAUGACAACACAUUCCUUGGCCCGCAAUAUCAAAUGUUCCGAAGACGUAUUCGACCUAACUGACCUCCAUGUACUAGACAGUAUUGGCAGACUCCUGGCGUGGUCAUGACGUAUGUGCGGUUAGACCUAGGAGCAUUGGGCGUCCUGUAAUACAUUGUUGACAAACCAGUGUAUAAAACUGAACCCCACGGAAUUACAAGAUUAAUAAGACAUCACACUACAAAUCAGGGAAUCAGAGAACUCGCACCUACUUACAAGAAAGGUUGUGAAAGGUGAAAACUGAUCUGUCUGCAUUGUCAGGAAAACCAAGAUGGCUUUCUCGUGGCUAAGCACGCGUGCCUGUUUUCUCCUGACGGUAGCUGUUUUUGCACACAGCAUUGACCCGCGUCUUUUAAGACUUGGAUCUCGACCAACAGAAGCCCCCAUCCCGCGACUAACUAACGACCAACUGAUCGAUAUGGUGAUUGAACUUUCUCAGCGUGUCACAAAUCUUGAAGAUACACUGAGUAGUGACACCCGCAAUGAUGACAUACAGCACACUCUCCGCAUCCAGUCAGCACAGAUCGACCAACUACAAGAAGCGACUGAAGUUAUACCCAGAAUCCUCGACAGCGAUCAGAGAACCGAACAGCUUAUUACCGAAUUACAUGAAAGUGUACGAGAAGGUUGCCGAUGUGAUGGAAGUGGACCAGAUUCUGGUACAGCAGAGAGAGGUUUUACGGAUGGGGGAUGGGUUAAUAAUCUUGAUCGGGAUGAGAUAAGACAGAUAACGGACGGCUUCAGCAUAAGAUCUCAUGCUGCAGGUCGCGAUAGAAAUAGAGACGACAAUGCAAUAGAUGAUGAGACUGGUGAAGAGAAUAGUGUUGAGCUUUCACCUGACUCAAUCAACGCUCUAAGCAGAGCAUUUGCUCAGUUGAUAACAAGAGAAGUAGAGGUACUGGGAGAUCACGAAUCGACAUCCCUUGCGGAAACAGAAGUCCCUACUACAACACAAGAAACAGAAGAGGAAAGUCCUGCCCAGUCUAAGCUACAUAGACCCAGGCCUUCGGGACUAUUCCCUUUCAGACACUCAAGAUCACUCCGCGAGCCAAGGUUAGCAAGAGCCGAUGAGGUGGAAGAAGUGGCAGUGCAGCUGAGAGAAGUAUUUAGUGAUUUACUCAGAGCUUCAAGGAAAUCCGCUUUCUGUGCAAUCCGAACAAGUCCUAUGAUGGGGAUAAACAACGUAUCUCAGGUUAUCAAUUUCCAAAAGGUACAGACGAACAAGGGCAAACAGAUGGAUAGACGAGCUGGAUACUUCAACUGCACGUUGCCUGGAAUCUACUACUUCUCCUAUACUGUACGAUCCUAUGACGACAAGUUAAUCGGGGUUGUGUUGAUGUUAAAUCAGGACCCAGUAGUAGCGAUGACAGCGGAUGCAAGUAGCCGCAAGGUGAUGCAGUCCCAAAGUGUCAUGCUUCCGUUAAAGAAGGGUGACUUGGUGUGGUUACUCCUGGGACCUUCUGAAGAUUUUGGAAUCUAUGGCAACAAGUACAACUACAUUACUUUCAAUGGUGUUUAUCUGUUUAAGUAAGAGGUGUGGUGUGUCUAGUGUAUUCAUCAACCAUGACACAUGUGUAGGUACAACGGCUUUUUUGAAGCAAUAUUUUACGUACAAAGCAUUUAAAUGACUGAAUUAAUAGCAAUUCUACUGAACUGGUUAGUCCAGAACAUGCGUCCCAAUAGGAUUGAUUUUGUCAUUACUGUUAUAAUUUGAUUAUACAAUUUUGGGGUGUUAUUAAAUUCAUAAUUUAAAAUGGGGUGUUAGUAAAUUCAUGUUUGUACUCCUGCAAGCAUAUAUAUACUCUUAUUCUAUUUCUCAUUCAAAAGAUCACUCAUCAAGGUGUUAUGAAAGGUUAGUCGGCAUUUGUGCCGUGAACCAUGCCUCAUCACGUCAAAUGAACUCACUAAAUAUAGGUUUGCUGACGUCAGCU